AUGAAGUUUUCGAAUGUAGCGAUCCUGAGCUUGCUGCACUUGGGCAUUGUCUUUGGCAACAAGUUCGGGAAUCUUCGACAUGGCCUGUCCUACUCGGCACAGGGUUCCUUGGGGAACCUCACUGUCAAGCUGAAAGCGGACAGCUUCGCGAACCCUGACACGAAGAUAGGCGAGAUUGGUGCUCUCAGGCUCUUGAAUUCCAAGGGUGUUUGCAUUAGCUGCACUGUGCCGCUCACUUGCUCAACCUUGGACGAGCCGGAGUACAAGGGCGAAGAUGUGAAGAAGGCCUGCAACUCCCAUCCAGAACCUGGGAGCAACUUCAGCCCAAGUCUCAGGGCGGCACUAUGCAUCCAACGAAGGAUCGGCUUUCCUCUGGAGAAGCUGAAUGGAGAAGUGGAAUUCACAUUGGAAGUCUACUCUGCUUUGGCUUCUGAAGGAAAGAACAGCGAAGAGGAGAAAGGACGACAAGUGACCAAUUGGCUCUCAACCACCAUGCUUGGCAAACCUGGUCAUCUUGCUUGGAUGAAGGUGGCUGUAAACAUCAAUGGCGAUCUGAAUUCAAAGAUGGUGAAAGGCAUUGCUGGGUCAGAGCUACCAGCUGCAGCAAAGGACAUCUAUGCAGGGGACUGCUUGAGACCAGCAGACGUCCGUGGCUACCAUGUCACAGAGCUGAGUUUGUUCAGGUCGAAUUUCAAUGUGAUGACUGCUUGUGCUGGGAUGUACAGAGGCGUCGCUGUUGCCACCGUUUGUACGGAUCACGACAAACCUUACAACCUGUCCGGAUGUAUCCCAGAGAUAUGCAACGACACCAUCACAACAGGUUACGUGGUAAAGUCCAUCGCCCUGGAACGUGCGCACUUCAAAGCUGACAUUCUUUGUGAUGAGGCAAAUGGAUUCUUUGGAGACCCUGGGGCAGAACCAUGCACCAAAAUGGGCGAGCCUUACACUAUCUUUGGCUGCGCAACAACCACCAGCACAACUACAACCACUACAACAAGUACAACUACUACGAGUACAACCACCGUGACAACGACGACAACUACCACAACUUCCACAACCACUUCAACCACAGUCACGACGACGUCGACUACCACGACGACGUCGACGACAACAACCACGACAACUACCACUACUACAAGCACCAGCACAAGCACAACUACCACAACCACCACUUCUACUACUACCACAACAACGACAACGACAACAACAACUACAACAAGUACAUCAACUUCAACAACCACAAGCACAACGACCACAACCACAACAACAAUCACGACUACGUCCACUACCACCACUACGACAACGAGCACCACAACAAUUACAACCACCACGACAGUGACGUCAACAACAACCACAACCACAACUACCAGCACUUCCACCACCACUACAACCACCACCACGACUACCACCACAACCACAAUCACAACUACAUCCACAAUUACAACUACCACAACUACAACCACCACUUCGACCACAACAACAUCCACAACAACGACGACCACCACCACAACCAGCACGACGACGUCGACCACAACCACAACCACAACCACAACCUCAACAUUCACAAGCACCACCACCACUAUCACCACAACAAGCACAACUACCACGACAAUCACUUCCACCACCACUUCGACAACAACUACCACAUCUACAACGACCACCACAAUCACGAGCACUACCACAACCACCAGCACAACAACAAUUACCUCCACGACCACGACAACGACUACAACCACUACAACUACUAGUACCACGACGACAACCACCACCACCACCUCGACGACGACCAUCACAACCACAUCGACGUUUACCAGUACCACCACCACAUCCACAUCCACCACAACUACAACCAGCACUUUCACAACCACGACAACAACUACCACAACAUCCACCGUCACAACCACAACUACCACGUCCACAACGACAACAACAACCACAACAACAACUUCGACAAUCACUACUACAACCACCACCACUUCCACCACAACCACGACAACCUCCACCAUCACAACGACAACCACUACCACUACUACAACCACCACAUCCACAACUACCACUACAACGACUAUCGACGGCAUUUGCGUUGCACCCAAGAACUCUCUCGGCUAUGACAUCACUGAGACUCACUUGGAGUGGUCUUCCUUCAACGUCCAGGUCAAGUGUUCCCACAUGUACGUGGGCCACGCGAAAGUGGAGGUUUGCAAUGCCAAGGAUUCCCCCUACAUCCUGUCUGGCUGCGCACCAUACAUCAACUGUGUGACUCCUGCCAGCACAGUGAGCUACAUCAUCACUGAGACCGGUACAGAGCUUCACAAUUGGGACGUCAGAGCGCAGUGCGCACCAUUGUUCCAUGGCGCCGCCAAAGUGGAGGAGUGUGACAAGAACGGCUCGCCAUAUGGCAUCUCUGGAUGUGCACCAGACACAUGCUUGGAGCCUGAAGACACCAUUGGCUACACUCUCACUACAGCCUCUUUGGAGCUCCACAAGUUCGGUGUGACUGCAGAGUGUUCCUACGGAUACAUUGGCGAUCCAAAAGUGGUGAAAUGCAGUGGACAUGGAAAGCCAUACACUCUGGAUGGUUGUGAGCAAACAACUACCACAACAUCCACAACCACUACCACGACCACCACCACCGUGGAUGGUGUGUGUUUGGCCCCGCCAGAUGCUGGUGUGGCAUACACAGUCACAGAGGUUGACUUGGAAUGGAGCAAGUUCAACGUGAGGGCAACGUGUGGGCCACGUCACUAUGGUCAUGCGCACGUCUUUGUUUGCGGCACCCCGGAUAUGCUGUACUCUUUGACUGGAUGUACCAAAGUGGUCACGUGCAAGACUCCUGCUGAUACUACUGGCUACCACCUGAAGGAGACAUCAUUGGAUACGCAUCGUUGGGAUGUCACGGCAACAUGUGCGCCUCACUUCCGCGGUUCACCAAAGGUCACAGAGUGUGAGGAAGACGGCCUGCACUAUGCAGUUUCUGGCUGCAUGCCAGACAUGUGCGUUCGCCCUAGCGGAUUGAAGGAAUAUGCCAAGUUCGCAGAAAAAUCUUUGGCUGUGCACAACUUCGAAGUCACUGCUGAGUGUGCAUGGGGCUAUGAAGGGACUCCAUCUGCAGCAGUUUGCAGUGGGCCAAACCAACCAUACACGAUGACUGGCUGCGUCGCAACAACUACCACCACGACCUCUACCACGACUACCACAACAACAACCACAACUUCAACGACCACGACAACCACUACUACCACCACAACGACCUCUACCAGUACCACCACAACAACGACCACUACAACGACCAUAACCACUACUUCCACCACCACAACUACAACCACCACUAUCACCACGACAUCUACGACCACCACUACCACAACGACAACUUCCACCACCACAACAAUCACAACAACAAGCACCACAACGACUACUACUACCACAACCACAUCGACUACCACAUCCACCACCAUCACCACCACGAGCACCACCACUACCACCACGACAACAACUUCAACAACUACAACCAGCACCUCCACUACUAGCACCAGCACAACUACAACGACCAGUACCACAACCACAACAAGCACGACCACUACCGUCACUGUACCAAAGUUGAUAUGCCUGGCCCCAGUAGACACCACAGGCUAUGACGUGUCAGAGCAUGACCUCUUGCAGGAACAGUUCAAGGUCGAAGCCGCAUGCUCAAGUGAGUAUAUUGGCAAUGCCGCAGUUGUGGACUGCACAGAGGAUGACAUUCACUACAAACUCACGGGCUGCGACAAGAAGAUCUACUGCAAGAAGCCAAGCAUCUCAGGCUAUGAUGUGAAGGAGACCAGCCUUGUGAUGCAGAACUUCAAAGCAACAGCAACCUGCAGCUUUGGGUACCAUGGACUACCUCAGGUUGCCAAAUGCAGUGAGACAACCAGUGAGUACAGCCUCAGCGGAUGCUCAGUGAACGUUUGCAAAGCACCGCCAUCCACCGUAGGAUACAGCGUGUCUGAGAUGGAGCUCCGUCAGCCCAACUUCCAGGUCAAGGUGGCUUGUGCGACCGGCUACGGCGGCACUGCUGCGGUCACAGCUUGUACUGGUCACCAAAGCGAGUACCAGCUUUCCGGUUGCGAACGUGUGGAGGCUUUCUGCCUUUCACCAAGCGUGACAGAGGGCUAUGUGAUCACAGAAACAGACCUUCGAAUGGACGUCUUCAAAGCCACUGCGGCUUGUGCACCUGGAUGGUCAGGAACGGCGAAGGUGAGUGUUUGCGCUGGAGCCACAGCACAGGCGCGUGAGAAUCGUUUGUGUUUGGGCUGA